UACACGUGCUCUGAGAGCACCGCUUUCUAUUUUUUAUUUUUUUAUUUUUUUGUCAGCCGAGAAAACCCUUCCCCUCCCUUCGCUUCUCUGCGAGACCUGUUGUUCAUCGUUAUUGCAGAGAGAAGAUGGUGAGCAAAAGACAGGUAUUAGCUCGCAAGCGGUACAAAGAAGCAAACCCUGAACUGUUCCCAAAGCCAGAGUCAACACCCCCAAAAGACCCAAACAUGAAGAUGAAGAAGAAAACAAAGAGCAAAUUCAAGCGCAAGAAAUCAUAUAAUAGCAAAGAAACCAAAACCCUCCAAUCUAAAUUUAGCAAACACCCACUUAGAGUUCCUGGAAUGAAGCCCGGUGAGAGCUGCUACAUAUGUAAAGCCCUUGACCAUAUUGCCAAGCACUGCCCUGAAAAAGCUCAGUGGGAUAAGAACAAGAUAUGUUUGCUUUGUCGGCACCGUGGGCACAGUCUCAAGAAUUGUCCUAACAAAAAUGAUGAGACCAUGGAUAAGAAAUUGUGUUAUAAUUGUGGGGAAACUGGGCAUUCUCUUGCUAUGUGUACCCAACCUCUUCAAGAUGGGGGAACAAAGUUUGCAAAUUGCUUUAUUUGCAAUCAACGGGGACACUUAAGUAAGAACUGCCCCCAAAAUACUCAUGGGAUCUAUCCCAAGGGUGGUGGUUGUAAAGUUUGUGGUGGUGUAACACAUUUAGCCAAAGAUUGUCCUAAUAAAGGAUACAAAGGUUAUAAUUCAGCAGCUAGUGGAGUAAAUAAAAUGUCAAACGAAGAAGAAACACCAAGAGGACAGGUGACCAAGUUUGUUAGUGGGGAUGAUCUUGAUGAUGACUUCAUUACAGAGGGCGCACACAGCAGUAAGAAUAACAAAUCUUCUGAGUCAAAAGGUGGUCCUGCUCCUGCUACUGAUUUUAAAGACAAGAAUGUAAAAUCAAAGAAGAAACAGGGGACCAAAGUAGUGAAUUUUAAAUUGCCCACUUCUUUCUCUCUCUCAUCUCAUCUCAUCUCAUCUCAUGUCUUCCCAAAUUCAAGGAUCUCUCCAACCCUAAUCUCCCUCAUCUUUCUUCUCUUUCUCAUUUCACAGACCUUGCUACCCCCUAUCAGAUUUCAAAAGCCCACCAUGGCGAAUGCGGCGUCUGGAAUGGCCGUGGAAGACGAAUGUAAGCUGAAGUUCUUGGAGUUAAAAACAAAGAGGAACUACCGUUUCAUCAUCUUCAAGAUUGAGGGCCAAAAUGUGGUGGUGGAAAAGCUUGGGGGUCCAGAGGAAAGCUAUGAGGAUUUCAAUGCCUCACUCCCUGCUGAUGAGUGCCGCUAUGCUGUCUUUGAUUUUGAUUUCAUUACUAAUGAAAAUUGCCAGAAGAGCAAAAUUUUCUUUAUUGCUUGGUCACCGGAAACAUCAAAGGUGAGGAUGAAGAUGGUUUAUGCCAGCUCCAAGGAUAGAUUCAAAAGGGAACUGGAUGGCAUACAAGUUGAACUGCAAGCAACAGAUCCUAGUGAAAUGAGCCUUGACAUUAUAAAAGGACGGGCACUUUGAACACCGUCUUCUCUUCUUUUGGCAUCUAGCCUCUUCUACCUGUUAAUUAAUUUGUUAUGAGCUUUACAAUUAAUAUUUGUGUUUUUUUGGUUGCAAUGGAUCGUCAAAUAGUGAACCAUGUAGGGUAAUGUAAUACUCCAUUAUGCACUCGUUCUUCUGCCAUAUUUCCAAUGCUUUUUGGCAAUUAUGUUUUGCCGGAACAUGUCACAUCCUGC